AUGUCAUGGUUUGCCUAGUGCGGUAGUGUGUUUAACCUGCCGGGAGGGGAGGAGGGAUUUUACCCUAAGAGGAUUGCGGCGAUCGUUAGCUGCCCGCUGGCUUUGUCAAGGCAUGCCGGUUUGCCGGUUGGAGUCCAACGGACAACAACGAAGUACAGUUUUCCUCCCAGAAACUCGGCAACGAAACCGGUUGAACUUGAAAUGAUGCAUAUCAUAGCAGCGCAAAAUCAAUCGUGACAGUCCAAGAUGACCUAUGGUAGAUUUUACAUGGUGGGAGCGCAUGGAAAUCCUUCACCGGGAGUGCAUCAGUACCAGAGAGCAGUCUCUUGAGGGAGUUAUUGCUGACAGGCGGCUCCUGAGAUGAAGACCAGACCCGCGGGGAUCGGCAAUGUCCAUGCCGACUGGAUGGGUUCGCUCCCCUCCAAGCUCAGUGCCAUGCCCCUCAAACAUCUAGCGGUGCCAGGCUCUCACGACUCUUUCACUUUUUGGGUGGAUGUGCAUGCUCCCGUGGGCCCCGAUCAAAAGGUUUAUGUUAAGUAUCUGGCUACCAUGUUCAGUGUCUUAGCCAAGAAAGUCAUGGUGAGGUGGUCCAUGACACAGAACCUGACUUUUAAGGAGCAGCUGGAUGCAGGAAUUCGCUACUUUGACCUCAGGGUGUCUGCAAAACCAGGCGAGCCUGGAAAUGAAAUCUACUUCAUUCAUGGCCUCUUUGGACACAAGGUGAGGGAUGGCCUGUUAGAAAUCAGCUCCUUCCUGGGCAGACACAAGAAAGAGGUGGUGUUCCUGGACUUUAACCAUUACUAUGCAAUGGAGGCAGAGCACCACGUUUACCUCAUCAGCAUGCUCCAAGAAGUAUUUGGCAGCAAACUGUGCAAUAACUGUGCGGUGGAGAACGUCACUCUGGACUAUCUCUGGGAGAAGAAAUACCAGGUGAUUGUGUUCUACCAUCAUCCUUCAGCCCAAGGCGUUCCUGUCAUGUGGCCUGGCAACAAGAUCCCUGCUCCCUGGGCAAACACCACUGAGCCCAUCAAGCUCAUAGAGUUCCUGGAAACUACACUGAAGGAAAGAGACAAGCAGGGUUCCUUCCAUGUAUCCCAGGCCAUCCUCACUCCCACUGUCAACACUGUGGCUAAGGGGUUGCUCUGGGGCCUACGCAGCUACCUGGUGGAGAGAAACCUGCCAACCAUCAUGUCCUGGGUUGAGGCUCAGAGGCCAGGGGUGGACGGAGUCAACAUCAUCACCUCGGACUUUGUGGACCUCACUGAUUUUGCCAACGUUGUAAUCAAGCUAAAUAACCUGCUGUUGUCUGAACAGAACCGCAAAACAAGAUGACACAUGUUUUCAUACCAGGAAGACUGACAUGGUGGCUUUGAGUCUAGUGGCAGAUUUUCCCUGCCUCUCUUUUUAUAUUGUUCAUAAACGGCUCUGGUGCUGCUGGUAGAGCUUCGGUGUAUUUGCUUAAGGACACUCAGCAUUAAGACGUGCAGGGAUGGAUUCUGUAUGAGCUUGGGUCCUCUAAAAUAAAGCCUUUCAAUUUUUAAGGAGCUCGUCAGCUAACUUUCAGUCUGAGAUUUGGUUGUAGAUAACUUUCUUAGCCUCAGUUCAAUGAAGACAGUCCAAAAGAGGGAAAGAAGUGAGAGCUCAGAUGAGAGAAAACCAGGCAUGCCCAGCUGCAUUUUUUUACCAUCUUCAUAAGGCAGACUGAGUCGUGUCAUGCUGGAGUUCUGGCUGCAUCUGCAGAUUCCUUUUUCUGCUUUCCCUUUUGAGGGAAAGCUAGAAAUACAUCUCAUAUUUGCUACUAAAUGGGACUGCCAGGCAGGUCACCAGAUUGGUAGCUGCUGUACAUUUUCCCUUGCAUGAUUAUAUGACUUUUAACCUCUCAGGUGCUUAUGUGGAAGUUUAUUUGGAUGGUUUAUCAUUAUUACAGAUGUAAAUUUGGUAUAUUUGUAUUUUUAAAUGGUCUUAUGAAAUUACUGACUUUGUAAGUUAAGAUAAGAGACAGAAUUGCAUGUUAAAAUGCUGCCUGUAGGCAUUUUAGCCACUAUUGUAUGAACAGCACACAAGGGAUUAGGAUAGCUUCUUUGUUUGUUUACAAGAUAAACUCUGUGUGAAAAGAAAUUCUUCAUAUGAUUGCAAUGGAACUCAUUUGUAUUUCCAACAUACUAAUGAUUGUUGAAACUGGACCAGUGAGUUAGGGUUGGCUUGUUAAAUGUAGACUUGGUCUUUUUCCAGUAAUUAAAUGAACGUGAGGUAAAAAAACACAUACUUAAAUUUUUUCUUGGUAUUUUUAUUUAUAUGUUAAGCAAUGCCAUUUUUUUAAUGAAAGAGAAGCCAGCUGCUCUCUCAUUACUUACUGAAUUUAACAAGCGAUGCGGACUAUGGCACCUUUAGGAGGACUGCAUAGGAAAAGCCCAGUAUGGGUGGAAAUUGUGCCGCAGUUCCCACAAAACACAUGCAAAUACACACAAAUAGCUAUAUAUCUUUAUGUUUAUCGUAUUUUUUCCCCCUUGGUCUGUUUCCACUUACAGUGCUUAAAUGUGCAGAAAUAGAACUAGUCUCCCAAUAAAUGUAUGUUGGAAAGGAAGUGAAGAGUAUAUGGUUGUGUACAGUAUAUGCAAACAUGUGGAUGAGGGUUCAUUUAAAAACUGUUAUGCUUAAAAUGAAACCAAAUGCCAACCGUUGAGGUCUUAAAUGUUUUGCUUGUUUGAUAGUGUGCAUGUGCACCAGUGUGAUUUACAGUCUGUGUGUGUGUGUGCCUGUCAGGACCACUGAUUACUAUGCAUGCGUGGACAGUAGAGCAGUGACAGUCACCCUGCAUUCUUGUGGUCAGACUAGAGUAAGAGAAGAAAAUGAGACAGCAGAGGAAAUGUCAUAUAAAGAGAAAGGUAACAAAAAUAGACUUUUAAAUGAAGGUAGAUGACAUGAAAGAUCUGAAACAAAAGGGAAGAAUUUAGUUAAAAUAGAGCUGAAGUUGUAAAAUUGUAGCAGGUGGACCUGUUGCAAGAGAGCGAUCAGAACAGCUGCCUUUUCCUGCGGCGGCAUCAUCUAAAAGGGAAAUGUUGUUUUACUUUUUAACCCUGUCCUCAUUUUGUCACUCACCGACUCACUUAUGUCAAAUAGCCUGGUGUGUCCAGGCCACAUUGUUGACAAGGUUGAGUGUGGUCACCAGGCACUGCGAGGUCCACACACAGACAAGCAAAGGCACUUUAAUUGUGGAGUAAUUACACAUACCAUUGUAGGCAAGUGGGAGAGCAGGGAGCAGCAGUUUGAGCAGCAGCUCGAGCUGAGAACAUUCCUCUGUUGUUUAGAUUGGUCCUGUCUUUUGCUCUCCCCUUAGUCUCUCACUUCACUGUAUCCCUGUUGGCUUCCCAGGUUUCAAAGGAGAAGACGAUCUAAGCGUAAUCACUCAGAUGUUAAUAAAGUCCUGCAGUAUUAACUUUUUCUGUCCAGCCGUUUAUAAAGACUGCUGUUCUGAAGCUGCUCUCUACCCAGUAUGGUGGCAAUACUGACACAGAGCUCUCCUAAACUGGUUGGGCUCCUGUUGGGCACCAUAGUUGAAAUAGUUCUACAACUGGGCCACUUUAAGCAGUGGUAUUUCUGUCACUUCACAUGUUCUCAUAUCAUUUCUCUCUUACCAGGUUCAGAACUUCCCUCAUCUACCUCAGUUGCCGAAAUAUUUUCUCUGGUUACAAGGCACGUGUGUUAAACUGGUGCAAGGCAGUGGUUUCACAUAUGAGUAAUCAGGGUUUCCAUUCAUUAAAUCUCUGGUACAUCUGUGGUGUGAAGUGUUUUAACCAAAACCAGCCUUAUACACUCCCGUUUGCUAAUUUUCUCCUUAAAACCACUAUGACUAGUGCAGGGAUGUCAAACUAAUUUCACAUCGUAGGACACUUACAGCCAACUUUGAUCUCCAGUGGGCCAGACCAGUGAAACACCCCCUUUCUGUCAGUGCACAGAGGUUCAACUACAAAUUUAAUCUCUGACAUAUCUUAAUAUAACAUAAAUUGCUUCGAUUAAGACAGCAUGUCUCAGUUUUCUUAUAUGAUAAAGAUAAAGAAAUCUGUCAGCAUCACUCUUUGGGCUUAACUGUGAGAAAUAAAUGUGAAAUAUUACCAAAGAAAUUCUGGUAUUUCAUUGCCCAUCCUGUCCUGUAAUUAUAACAAAGAAAGUUUUUAUUAAUUCACAAGUUUGUUUUUUUUUUAAAUUGUGAAACCACUGUUAAAAAACAAAUCCCCAAACUGACAUUUCUAUAGUAAAUGGUGAAACACCUGGUA